CAGGCCCCGUUGAGUCACCCGAGAUCGUGAUAGAUGGUAUGCUGGAUAUUAUAGCUGAAAAUAAAGGGAUCGAAGAAGAGGGAGAGGAGAUUGGUGAAAAUGGACACAUUGUCGACGCCGACAUCUUUGAAUUUAAUGACGGGCAAGAGGAAGAGGGAACGAGAAAGAAACGUAAUGCUCUCCGCGAUCGUGAAAGUCUAUGGCCAGGUGGUGCUAUUCCUUAUGUAAUCGACGGGUACUAUAAUAUUAAUCACAAGAAACAGAUUCUAGCCGGUAUGCAGCGAUUUCACGAGAAGACUUGUAUACGAUUCGUCCCAAGAACCAUCGAAAGGGAUUAUAUCUUCUUUACACAAAACUUAGGUUGUUGGUCAAUGGUCGGACGGACGGGUGGUCGACAGAAAAUCUCGUUGUCGGGUACCUGUAGGGGUAGUCGAGGCGUCAUCAUGCACGAGCUCAUGCACGCCAUCGGUUUCAGGCACGAACACAACAGACCGGAUAGGGAUGGGUACAUCGAUGUUUACUGGCAGAAUAUCAAAGAAGGAUUCACUACCAACUUCCGUAAGUACAGCAACGACCAGGUGCAGACCCUCGGCACCGGCUACGACUUCUUGUCCCUGAUGCAUUACCCGUUGACAGCGUUCUCCAAGGACGGUAAUUCGGUCACCAUCGGGCCAAGGUACCCGACCUACCAGAUCGGUGAUGUUGGCAACCAGAACGAUUUCAGUCACAUCGAUAUAUAUAGGAUCAACUUGCUCUACAAAUGCGGCCAAUGCGAAGACUCGGAUAAGUACUAUUGUCCGAUCUGGGCGAUGAUGGGGGAAUGUUCUGCUAACAAGGAGUGGAUGACAAAAUAUUGUCCCUUCAGUUGUGAUAGAUGCACUAUAGCUCUCCGAAAGGGUGACGGGCUCGCCUGCAUUGACACAACGUCCAACUGUAAACGUUGGUCUAAGAUCGGGGAGUGUGAACGCAACCCAGCUUACAUGUUGCAAAACUGUCGUCGUAGCUGCAAACAAUGCAGGGCCGUUGACACUGAAACGGGACAAGAAGACGGACUCGCGUGCCAAGACGAUAACACUCUAUGCUACGAUUGGGCAACGCUGGGUGAAUGCAGCAGCAAUGCAAAGUUCAUGAAGAAGCAUUGCAGACGUAGUUGUCGUGUCUGCACUGGCGGGGACGGCAGAAUCAUUAUCGAUACCGAUUCGGACGAAUGCCAAGACACGACGAUGGACUGCGCUCUCUGGGCAGCGCAAAACAUGUGCAAGGAUCGGCAAAAAUGGAUGGCCGAACGUUGCCGGCGAACCUGUCUUUGGUGCAGCCAUCGGAUUGUAACCAUCCCCGACCAGGCCGAUGAAAGCCGCGUGACUGCCGAAGGUGGAGUCGCCACCAACGAGACAUCACGAGCGGGUGACGAAGACAACCGAGUCGGUGACGAAAUCGGCGUCUUGGGCGACGAAACGGGCCGAGUGGGCGACGAAACGAGCCGAGUGGGCGGCGAAGAGACAAGGGGAAGGAAAGAUGAAAUGGGAGCCAGUGAAGGAGAGGAUUUUGGAGACAGGAUAAAUGAUGAAAGGAAUUCAGACGCGGAUGAAGGGAGUAAAGUUGGAGGAAACACAAGGAUUGGAAGUCAAAGUCAUGCAGAGGGAGAGCUCUAUGGAGGAUCCGUAAAUUCAACAGGUUGGAGUAAGCCUCAGGGUUGUGUUGAUGAACAUGAUACAUGUAGUUCAUGGGCUUCGGACGGUGACUGUAUGACCAACCCGGAAUGGAUGGCGAUUAAGUGUCCUGUCAGUUGUGGAUUAUGCGGCGAUAACGGUAUCGUGCCAGCAUGCGUUGACCGGCAUCGGAACUGUUCGUACUGGGCAAUGAUCGGGGAAUGUGACGAAUACCCGGAGUGGAUGGUGGCCAAAUGUCCGCAGAGCUGUGGCCUGUGUGGACCGCAACCAACCGCAGAACAGAUUGAGGGUUGCGAAGAUAACCAUGUGUUUUGCAAACACUGGGCGAAGACCGGGAACUGCGAUUCGGGCCAUGUCUGGAUGCGAGUACACUGCAAAAAGAGUUGUGAUUUCUGCUCACUGCCGAUAAUUAAACCAUCGUGCAUGGAUGCUCAGCAGAGGUGCCGUGAGCUAGCUCUGAAGGGGGAGUGCCGGUCUAACCGUGGGUGGAUGGCCUACCAAUGCCCCCUGAGCUGCGGCACAUGUAAGAAACAGGAUCGAUUUGAAGAAUGCCGAGACAGAAGCCGACGAUGUCAGCAGUAUGCUGCCGAUGGCCAAUGCCACAGCAGACAGAGGUUUAUGAAUGACGUCUGUCCAUACAGCUGCGGUUUCUGCCGCGUUGGGAACACCCUACGAAGCGGUCGCUACCGGUCAUUCGAUCCCGCCUUACUGGACGCCGGUAACAGUCAAAGCGAACAGAACGGCGCGGUUACGGGAGACGAACUUUUACCGGCAUCGAAGCGACGGCCGUCUCAGUCGUUGCGUUCGCGGUUACGGCUCUCCAGUAUAAACGUCAACCGCAAAAGUAACGUUAAUUCAAACAACAACAGCGUUGAUAACCGCAACUUCAACCGCAAAGGAGGGCGAUUUCUCACUUCAAGUGGACAAAAUCAAACACGCGAGUGCAGGGACCGGAACCCUCAGUGCCCAACGUGGGCCAAGACCACCCGAUGCCUCGUCAACCAGGGCUACAUGCAGGAGAACUGCCAACUCAGCUGCAAGUGGUGUCCCAAGGAAGAGACCUGUGUUGAUAUAGAUCCUGGCUGUGAGAAGUGGGCACGAGGAGGUCAUUGCCUUACCAACGAAGAAGGGUUGCGAGAUAAAUGUCAGAAGAGUUGUGGACACUGCGGAGAGGUAGAAGAAUGUCGAGAUGUCCACCGGAAGUGCCGUGAGUGGAGGAAGGAAGGCUGGUGCAAUCGAAGUCCCUUGUUCAUGAGGAAGUUCUGUGCUCCAAGCUGCGGCCUAUGCGACGACAACAGACCAGGAAACCACAACGUCACCGUCGUUCAACCAGCCGCAACGACUGCACCAGUGAAAGCAAAGAAGACGACCAAACAGAUAAAGCAAGCAAAACUCGCCAAACAGAAGAAGCUCGAGCAACAACAACAGGAGAGGGAAGAGCAGCGUGCAGAGCAACAGCUGGUGGAACGGCAGCGGCAGGAGGAUAGAUACGUUGCACUUGGCCUCGAUGAAGUCCAGAGACUGAUUCUCAACACCGACGGGAACCUGACCAUCAAAGAGAUCAAAUCGCUCAAGAGGGCACGCAAGACAUUGAAGCAACGUCAGCAGCAGGAGAAGGAAUUCCGGGCCAUCCAGAAGGCGGCCAAACGGAACAACCUCAACCGAGAGACAGAACCUAUCAUGGAAGGGCUCGACGAAGCAGCCGUCCGCCAGUGACAAACCAAACCCAUACCAUCUUUCUUUGUGAUACAACUCAGUGAUCAAAGUUAACGAUCCAAAAAGCAUGGUUGGAAUAUCCUCCAUGAAGAUGAUGAUGAUGACGAUGAUGACAACAGCUACAAAUUGAUAGCACAAUACUCAUUUUGAUGUAAACGUUGACGAGUUUGUGUAGAAUGUUAUUAUGUCACCAGAAUCAAUGUUUUAUAAUUAAGGUCGUUGAAAUUGCGUAAUGGGUGGUGGAAUCGCAGUAUAUAGUGUUGGGAUGUGUGAGGUGUCAUCGUUCAGGUGUGUGUUUAGGUAGAAAGAUUAUACGAAAUUAUGAUAAUAAAAAGAAUGAAAUUGGAAUACCUUUUAUACAUGGCAGGGUAUCUUAAAAACUAAAAGAAUUCGUGAUUGCUAGACAAACUUUCAAUGUGCGUUUUGCAUUUGAGUGCUUAUUUAAGAUUACAUAAUAAAUAUCGAUGGAAAGGAUUCAGUUAUGCGGUAACCAUGGUAACAAAUAUUUCAAAGAUCUUUGGUUGCUAGUGACGUUGUUGUAAUUGCAUUCAAUAGGUACUACUUAGUGCAAUUUUUUUCAUAUUUUAUUACUUGACAAAGGACAAUAAAAUGAUAACAAUGUGCAGAUUACUGGCGAGUCAUUUUUUACCAAUUCACUCAGUUCAACCUCAACCUUUGUCUUUUCAUCUUCUCUUCUUCUUCUCAUUGCUAUUGUUCUUUUUCUUUCAUCUUCUCUUCUUCAAUUUUCGUCUUCACCAUGUUCUUCGUCCCCCUCCUCCUCUUCUUUUUUCUUUCGCGUAUCUCCUUUCUUUUCAUAUUUCUCUCUAAUAUCCUUUUUCAUCUUUUUCUUUUUCGUUUUAUCUUCUAAUUAUCCUUCUUCAUCGUCUUUUUGUUUUUCUUCACUCCUUUAUAUUACCUUUUCUUCUUUUUUAAAAACCUUUGUAUUACCUUUUCUUGAUAUUACCUGUAAAGAAAUAGCAGAGUUAACAAUACAUCUUGAAAUAAAAAUAUAUUAUGUUUGCGCCCUUUCAUAUUUUUAUACACGCUUAAAACCAAUCAGUAUCCAAUAAAGUGCCUUCGAGACAGUAAUAUAUUUUUUGUUUGUUUUCAUAUGUCGGAAAGAUUUACAAAGUUAUUAUCACAAAAGUAAUGCAUUAUACAGUCCCUCAAACCUGUUAUCAGGGAACGUUUGAUUAAAUAAAAACAACAAUAUUUUGAAUUUCAUUUAAACCUGUGAUAUUGCUUUACUAGGGCAAAACGUGGUAAGGUUGUCUAUUACUUAUAGAUAGUAUUUUAUAGUUUGAGAGUAAUUAAGUUUAUUUCAUGUACGAUAGAAAAGAAAUCUAUUACAAAUUUGCAUGUUCAAAGUAUUGUGUAUUUUAAUUUUAUACUAAUGAUAGAUCUUUUUAAAAUAAAGUGAUUUUUCUGAGAAA